CACUGGAAUCAUCUCGAAAAAUGUAAAUAAACAGAGUUCGCUGUAAACUCAUCCAUUUCAGAUACCGAUUUACAGAAAAUGGACCCCAAAACGGACAAGUUAGUGAGGAGGACAACCAUGAUAGCCACUGCCACAGCUUCUUAUCUUCUACUCACGGCUGAUUACGGUCCUGAACCCAACUUUCUUGAUCCCAUAAAAGAUGCUGUGGAAUCAGCAAAACAGUCGGUGAAAGCGUUCGUUUUUGGAUUGAAGAAGGAAACUCCACAAAGUGAGAUCGAAAAGCCUCCUUCAGCUGCUUCAGAGAAACACUCAUAGUAUGUUAAAUGCUACAUUCCUGAUAAUAGCUUGCUACAGUUUCUAUAACACAAUCUGUAUAAUCGGAAACUGCAUUUUUCGAUUUUGCCCAGUUUUGUGAAUGCUAUUUCCUAACAUAAUACUUUUGCUAUGGUUGAGAGUUAUCUUUUA